AUGGAACGAGUAGAUAAAUCCAUGGGAUUUUUUGGUAUCUUUAAAGAAGCUUACAAUCUUACAGCCUCAAAAACAAAAAUAUUUUCACAAAUCUUUCUAGCUAUACUUCUCCCUUUAACCAUCAUUUUGCUGUCUCAAUACCUAGCUUCAUACUACAUCCUAACCGAUGCGUACCAAACAAAUGAUGGUGAAACAUCCAGAUGGAUUCUUUAUGCAGUGACCAAUUUCCUGUGUCUGAUCUUCAUUCUCUGUUUAUACCUCUUCUCAAGUGCUACUAUAUCUUACGUUGUCGCUUCUCACUAUACUUCUAAAGAUAUCACCUUCAAGAAGGCCAUUACGGCGUUCCCUAAGGUUUGGGGUAGACUUGUGGUCACCUUUUUGUGGUGGUUCCUCGUCUUUGUUAUAUGUUCCACUGCUGCAUUUUUUUUGUAUGUUUGGUUUUGGGCCACUCAUGAUGGAGACGAAAGAAAAAUUCCAAGAACAAAAAACGCUAUUGUUAUUAGUAGUAUAUCAAUACCUUACUGUAGCGGAUUACUUUACAUGACUCUUGUUUGGAGCACAGCAACAGUAAUAUCGGUGCUGGAAAAAGAUUAUGGUAGAAAAGCCAUGAUAAAGAGUAUAAAAUUGAUAUGGGGCAAGACACUGGCUUCAUUUGCCGUCUGUUUGGUGCUUGGAAUUGCUAUUACUGGUAUAGUUUACCCCUUCGAUCAGUUCGUGGUUAUUGGAAAGAUAUCGAGUUUAACAGGUAGGAUAUUUAUAGGAAUCACUUGUUAUUUGUUGAUGAUUGUUCUCCUUCACUUUAGUCUUGUCAUCCAGGCGAUUAUCUACUUCGUCUGCAAAUCUUACCACAAUGAAGACAUAGCGAAUGUUGCUCAACACCUUGAAGGAGUCCCUAAUGCUCAUAUAGUUAGGGGGAAAGAUGUUCAAUUAGAGCCUCCCGCAUUGGUUUGA